AUGGUGCUUUCCAGAUGGCUGGUCAUCGCCUUGGGUACCCAGGUUGCUCGAGGCGGAGACUUGCCGGUGAAUGAACGAUGUGUGACAGCGGUGUACUCCGCGUACAACUAUGUUUCUUUUGCUGGAAGCCCGGCCAAAGGCUUGUGGGAUACCCGAUGCCGAAACCCCCUCAAAGUUGCAUCUAUCUAUGCAGCUAGUGAAGUUUAUUGUCAGGACCAGGAGCGUGCCACGGGGCUUGCGCAACUGGCUGCAUUCUGCGAGGAAAUCGGCCAUCGUGAACUGCUCCCAAGAGAGGCUGUUGCCGAGAAUUUAACUGAAGAUGUCAUUAGGAAUAUGCGCACUGUUGGCUACUUAGAAAUACCCAGAGCUGAGAUGAUCGAUACCCCGGUGCUUCUCUCGGCAUCUUUCUUCAAUCGAAUGUUCAAUACCAUCGUGUGUCCUCGUGCUGUCCCAUCGUUACCAGCUUGGAAUGACAGAAAGCUGACCAUUGCUAUCUUCCCCCUACAUAGAAUUCGUGGCAGUAUGAGACUUGGUCGCAUCAUGCAUUUGGCUACAUCGGAUAUGUAUAUUGGAGUAUUGUUUUGGCUUGUGGGGCUAUUCACCGGUUAUGCUGCCAUAUGUUUCAUGUCCGCAAUGUUCGAGGAGAGCCCAAUUUGGAAUCUCAAGUGUACCACCGAUUUGACCCAUUUCAUUGUCCCUGCGCCUUUUGCUACAAAGGGCCGGAACCUGAUCGGGCUCAUAUUCUCAAAUCGAGCCGAGUCAUUGGUAGUGGCCGGCUUUUGGCUUAUCAGUAUUAUAUUAAGCCUGGUGGGCUACCAAACUUUUGCAGGCAAUAUCUACUGGCCCGAAAUUCCAAGCCAACUCUUACGCUAUUCAGCUGAUCGAACCGGUAUCAUGUCAUUUGCCAACUUCCCCUUGCUGUGGCUGUUUGGCGGGCGGAACAACAUCUUGAUCUGGGCGACGGGGUGGAGCUUUGCAAGGCUCAAUGUUUUCCAUCGCCAUGUGGCGCGGGUAGCUACCUUACAAGGUAUAGCACAUUCGUUUCUAUAUUUCGUGAUUAUCGUUCGAGCCAAUAAAUUCUGGAAAGACCUUUCAAAGAUGUAUAUACUUUGGGGCAUACUGGCAUUUUUCGCAAUGGGGUUUUUACUCGUCACCUCUCUGGACCGAAUUCGCAGCGCAGCAUACGAAAUCUUCUUGAUCACACACAUCGUUUUUUCUGUAAUGUAUCUUAUUGGUUGUUUUUAUCACACCAUAAUUUUUGAGGGGCAUGAAUAUUGGAAAUAUCUAUGGCCGUCAGUAGCCGUGUGGGUUAUCGACAGAGCUUUAAGGAUUAUUCGAAUUUUCUACUGCAACCUCCAUGUCAAUUUUUUCGGUCACAAAUUGAUUCGUAGCUCUGAGAGCCGAAUGACCUAUGACGAAGCAGCCGACGUGAUCCGACUUGAAGUGACGCCAGGCACUCAAGUGAAGUUCACUCCAGGGGACUAUUACUUUUUGUACCAACCAUUUCGAUUGACUGGUUGGGAGAACCACCCUUUCACCGUCGGAGCCACAUUAUACCAAGUUGUAUCCGAACGACAGGCCUUCCGAAAGACCCCGGGAAAGCCAGACAAGUCACUGGACGUUUCACAACUUCCACUUUUAUCUGAGACACAAUACCAUGAUCUGAACACCACAGGUCAAGUCACGCCAGAACAGGAUGCUGCAAAAUUGAAGUUGAUUUUCUGGAUCCGCCCUUACGAUGGCUGGACGCAGCAGUUGCGACAACAGUGCCUGCGGUCGAAGAGCCAGUCAGUGAACGCAAAAAUACUCCUUGAGGGGCCGUAUGGUCACAACUUUCCACUUUGGAGAUACGAGUCGGUUUUGAUGAUUGUAGGUGGGACUGGAAUUGCUUCAGCCGUGCCUUAUCUCCAAGACCAUCUUCAGCGGUCCGACCAUGGUCGUCGUCACACUCAUGAGGGGACACGGAUUCGAGAUAUCGAGCUGGUUUGGACUGCAAGACAACCAGCUCUGAUGCGUAAUAUAGCCCGUCGGGAGUUAGCGCCUGUUCUUGCGCGAGAAGAUUUCCAAGCGUCUUUCUAUACAACCGGUGCUUCUCACGAGCCCCCUCAGGAUCUCAAUGACCUCGGCUGUACCAUUCAGAUAGGUCGGCCUCAUCUUCAAUCACUCAUUAUGAGCCGUGCUUCUGAUGCUUCCGCUUCAGGUGUAUCGCUCGUUAUUCUCGUAUGUGGCCCAGCCGGAAUGGCCGAUGAAGCACGUGCGGCGACACACCUAGCAAUGCGACAGGGUUAUCGGUCGGUAAAGUACGUGGAGGAGUCAUUUGCCUGGUAG